UGCCGUCCACUCGUUCGUUCGUUCAGUAAAGGAAAGUCUAAAACUUAAAGUUAAUCAGCAUUCAACAACGGUCUGUCAUUCAAUUCAUUAUGGGACAGACAAUCAGCAAAGAAGCACUGAGUGACAAUAAUUCGCAUUUGACAAGUAAGAAAAAGGAGAAGGUCGAAGAGCGUAAACUUGUCAAAACGUCUCUUGAAUCGCCUGAAUCUCUGUCACACUCAAAGCCUCGUGGGUUUCAGUACAUUCAGGAUGAAGAAUCUUGGUGCCGGCCGCAGCAAGCCAAGUUUUCGUGCGAAGACCAGAAAAUAUUGGAACCUGUAUUACCUUCACUAACAAAAGGAGAGGAAUCAAAAGAGCAGUUUCAAGAUGAGGAGACAAAGCACUGUUCUCCAGAAGAAAGAAUAGAAAAACUCGAACAAGAGAUGUGGAAUAAGGAUACAGAAAACGCGAGCCUUCAGUCACAAAUCACUCGAUUGAAUGAGUCAAUUGCCGAAGAGCAACAAAAGAAUUGUCAAGAACAGUGGAAUCUCUACUAUGAACAGGUGAAAACCCAAGAAGAGAUAGAAAAGAAUAAGCUUCUCCAAGAGGAACUGUCGAAAGUAAAAGAAGAGCUAUCCAAUAUUACAGCUCGAACUACAGUUGCAAGUGAAAUGAACCCAAUGGACUGCUCGAGUGAUUCUGAGGAUGCAGAAAACGCGAGCCUUAAGUCACAAAUCACUCGAUUGAAUGAGACAGUUGCUGAAGAGCAGCAAAAGACUUGUCAAGAACAGCGGAAUCUCCACUAUGAACAAGUGAAAAUUCAAGAGGAGAUAGAAAAGAAUAAGCUUCUCCAAGAGGAACUGUCGAAAGUGAAAGAAGAGCUAUUGAAUAUUACAGCUCGGACUACAAUUGCAAGUGAAAUGGACUCAAUGGACUGCUCGAGUGAUUCUGAGGCCCCUCUAGUUAAUUUUGAUGCUCGAUGCCUUCUGGCCGAACAAAAAAAACACCAGCCAAGUACUGACAAUGGCCAAGCUCAUGCUACCCCUACAAGCGUAGAAACUAAUGAUUCGGGCAUCACUUUUGAGUCUGACGUCGAGGUUAAUGCAGAAAACGCGAGCCUUAAGACACAAAUUACUCGAUUGAAUGAGACAGUUGCUGAAGAGCAACAAAAGACUUGUCAAGAACAGUGGAAUCUCUACUAUGAACAGGUGAAAACCCAAGAGGAGAUAGAAAAGAAUAAGCUUCUCCAAGAGGAACUGUCGAAAGUGAAAGAAGAGCUAUUGAAUAUUACAGCUCGGACUACAAUUGCAAGUGAAAUGGACUCAAUGGACUGCUCGAGUGAUUCUGAGGCCACUCUAGUAAAUUUUGAUGCACGAUGCCUUCUGAUCGAACAAAGAAAACACCAGCCAAGUACUGACAAUGGCCAAGCUCAUGCUACCCCUACAAGCGUAGAAACUAAUGAUUCGGGCAUCGCUUUUGAGUCUGACGUCGAGGUACCCGUACUAUGUGAAACUGUCGGCGAUGACAAAACGAAGUUUAAACCAGUCAACCCUGAAUCUAGUUCUACGAUCACUGAUUAUAGUGAUAACGUAGAUCUCGAAGACAAAACCUCUAUUGCCCUGUGUAAAGCGGAAAAAGAGAACAAACAAUUGAGAAACUACAUAUACGAUCUUCAACUUUCAUACGACGAAAUUAGGAAUCAUUAUUUUGACCUGCGUGAGAGAUACCAGGGAGUUGAGCACGAUAGAUUUUGUUUGGUUGAGCGAGUAAAUGGUUUAAUCGGCGAGUCCAAAGAAAAGUUUAAACCAGUCGACCCUGAAUCUACAAUCAUCGAUGAAACAGAUCUCGGGGACGACACCUCUAUUGCCCUGUGCAACUGCAACGCGGAUAAAGAGAACAAACAGUUGAGAACUAUCUUCAACUUUCAUACGAUGAAACUAAGCUCAGAGAAAAUCAGUAUCUUGACCUGUGUGAGAGAUACAAGGAAGUUGAGCAUGAUAGAUCCCGUUUUGUUGAGCGUGCAAAUGAUUUAUUCAGAACCAUCCAAGAGCACGAAAAAGAGAUGACGACAUUGCGUGACUUGAAUAGGAGAUUCAAAGAGUGUCUUACCGAGAUGCAGUCUGAAUUUAGCGAUGUCGAGGAUCACAACAAAAAAGUGUUUCAGAAUCUAAACACCAAGAAUGAAAACCUGAAUAAACGACUCGUCGAGUUGCGGUCAGGUUUUUGUGCAAUGGAUGGUCAGGUCAACUACAAAGAUGUGGUUAAGAACCUUACCAACGACUAUAACAAACUGAAUAAACAAUUCUUCGAGUUACAGUGUAGUCUCCAUGCCAUGGAGGUCGGCAACAAAGAAACAGUUCAAAACCUAACUGUGGAAAAAGAGAAGCUGACUGCAGACAAUGUCGAGUUACGAUCAAGUUUUUAUGCCAUGGAGGUCAACUACAGAGAGGUGGUUCAGAACCUAACUGUGGAAAAGGAAAAACAGUCUGCGGACAAUGAUAAUCUCAACAAACAAGUUGUCGAGUUACGAUCUGGUUUUUCUGUAAAGGAGGAAGAGUACAAAUUUGUAGUCGACACCAAGACGGCGGAGAAUCAGAGUCUAAUCGAGGAGAAAGUAAAUUUGCAUAAAAAGCUAAUUACUUUCAUAAAAUGUCAAGUGUAAUGACUUAACCUAUGUGCGUACCUUAAACAGCACUAAAGUCUGAACCAGUUUUCCGAUAAAAGAACAGAGAUGAUGAAAUUUGACAGCACCUGUGAUACAUCAUAACCCAACUCAAGUCUCAAAUCCAAUUUGUGAAAGUCUGCAUCACAAGCACCUCCCAAAACACCAAAAAGUGUGCAGAUGAAGAAUGAAGAUAGAAGAAACGUAAACCGAAGAGAAGAUAAAGACAUAAUAUUGACGCGAGGAAGAGGAUUAUUAUUUCAAGUUUAAUGUUGUUACUUGAUGAAAGUGACUUUAAUUAUGAUAUUAAGUGACUUAAAUGAUGAAAAGUUUCUUGAUGAAAGUGACUUUGAUUAUAUGAUAUUAACUGACUCAAAUGAUGUAAAGUUUCUUGAUGAAAGUGACUUUGAUUAUGAUAUUAAGUGACUUAAAUGAUGAAAAGUUUCUUGAUGAAAGUGACUUUGAUUAUAUGAUAUUAAGUGACUUAAAUGAUGUAAAGUUUCUGAUGAAAGUGACUUUGAUUAUGAUAUUAAGUGACUUAAAUGAUGAAAAGUUUCUUCAUGAAAGUGACUUUGAUCGUGAUAUUAAGUGACUUA